UAUGGAGUCCAUAACCUCCAUACUAAUGCUUUUCUUUACAUUCAUUAUUUGUGUUAGUUUUUGGUUUGUAAUGAUGAAUGUGAUUCUCAAAAAUGAAACUUGCUACAUGAUCGACUACGAAUGCUACAAGGGCAGGAAAGAAAUGAUGCUCAACAACAGAGAGGCCUCGAAAAUUGCUUCGCGUAACAAGAACAACCUUUCUAAAGAAGAUUACAAGUUCCUUUUAAAAACCUAUGUUAGUUCAGGGCUUGGGGAAGAAACUUAUGGCCCAAAAACAGUCAUGUUAGGCCAAGAAGAACACCCUAAACUCGUCGAUUCUCUAUCUGAAAUGGAAGAAAUAUUCUACGAGACCAUCGAUAGCAUAUUUGCCAGGUCAAAAAUCCUGCCAUCUGAAAUUGAUAUACUAGUGGUGAAUGUAUCUUUACUUCCAGUUGUCCCUUCAUUAACAUCUAGAAUUAUAAAUCGCUAUAAAAUGCGUGAGGAUAUCAAGGCAUUUAAUCUUUCAGGAAUGGGAUGCAGUGCAAGUGUAAUUGCUAUUGAUCUGGUUCAGAAAUUGUUUCAGACUCAAAAAGGCAGAUUAGCCAUUGUUGUAAGUUCGGAAUCAAUGGCGGCUAAUUGGUAUGGUGGCAGAGAAAGGUCUAUGAUGUUGGCUAACUGCCUUUUCCGUGUAGGGGGUUGUUCUAUGCUUCUAACUAAUGACCGGGGUCAAGAGGCUCAUAAGGCGUUUUUGAAGCUGAAAUGUGUGGUACGAACCCAUUCUGGCUCGAACGAUGAAGCUUACAAUUGUUGUGUGCAUGUGGAAGAUGAUCAAGGAUACAACGGUUGCAGGCUCACCAAAUCUCUCCCAUACAUUGCAGCUCAAUCGUUGUCGAAGAAUCUUCAAGUGCUUCUACCGAAAGUGCUUCCAUUUUGGGAGAUCAUGCGUUUCGUGAGCCUAAAAGCACGUUCCAAAAUCAUCCAGAAAUUAGUUGGUUCAAAAAUAAUCAACCCGAAAGUAGUAGUUGGUUCAAAGAUCAACUUGAAAUCUGGAAUAGAACACGUCUGCAUACAUCCGGGUGGAAGAGGCGUUAUUGACAAGGUAGGCAAAAGUCUAGGUAUUAACGAAUUUGAUCUUGAACCGUCUCGAAUGGCACUGUAUCGUUUUGGGAACACAUCGGUCGCGGGUAUCUGGUAUGCUCUAGGAUAUCUAGAGGCAAAGAAAAGGCUAAAGAAAGGUGACAAAAUCUUGAUGAUUAGCUUGGGUGCGGGUUUCAAAUGCAACAACUGUGUUUGGGAGGUCACUAGAGACAUGGAUGAUCGAACGAAUGUCUGGAGCGACAUGAUCGAUGAUUACCCGUCGGAAAACAUGAAUAAACCUCAGCUAGGAUGGAUGAAUGAUCAUGCCAUGGCUCUUCUUGAACCUGAAGAGAUUGCCAAGAUUAUUGGUUUAUCCUAAAUUUUCACCUUUCUCAA